GCACCACCAUAAAAGCACAAACUUGAAGCCAAUAAGAAUGCUUGUGGCCUAAGAAGAGAAUUUUUGCGUUACCCUAAAGCGUUUAUCACACAAUUGAUGUUUCUUUAGUAUUUUUAGAUAAACCCAAGCGCUAUAAGUGCUUCAUAUUUGUAGGACUAAGAGCACAGUAUUGGGGAAGAAGGCGGCGUGCAUUAAUAAAUUUAAAGAGACUAGGAGAAGGUGCGGAGAAAGUGAAGACAAUGAAUGAUCAGAACACUGCAAACUCACGAGUUUUGUAUGGAUACGCGAGGAGGGGGCAAUGGGAGGAAGUGAUUAAGGAGUACAAGAAAAACCAAGGGGCUCAGAACCUGAAGCUGAACCGAAGGGGCGACACGGCGCUGCAUUUGGCUGUAAUUGACAAUCAAGAAGAAACGGUGGAAACGCUUGUGAAACACAUAAGCGAAGCCACCAAAGACACAAUUACUAAGAAGAAAGUUCUAGAGACUACAGACGAGAGGGGAAACAAUCCUCUCCACCUUGCUGCAAUGAUGGGGAGCGUAAGAAUGUGCGACGCCAUUGCUUCAAAGCAUAAUGGGUUGGUGGACAUGAGAAACAACGUCGACGAAACACCUCUGUUCUUGGCGGCUGCGUAUGGCAACAAGGACGCCUGUUUUUGCCUUUACAAUUUUUGCAGUGACAACGCCUCUCGAAUCUCCGCCAACUGCAGAGUGAGCGCGAAUGGAGACACCGUGUUACAUCACGCCCUCAGAAAUGAGCACUUUGAUUUGGCGUUCCAGUUAAUUAACAUGCACAAGGAGGCUAUAAGCUGGGUGAAUGAGGCAGGCCUGACCCCUAUCCAUGUUCUAGCCAGUAAGCCAACUUCCUUCAAAAGUGGAAGCCACAUCAAAGGAUGGCAGCACAUCGUGUAUCACUGCUCAUUUGUGAAACCACUACAGCCUCGAUCAAUUGAGAGCCUGAAGCAAGAGUUGGAUCGAAGUGUGCAAAAAGCAAGAGAGAAAGCUUCUCCUUCCCCUUUUCCCGUCAACUACCGGACAUGCAUCGACUUUUAUAGGGGGAUGAAGGAUAUAAUUUUGACAGUCUGGCUAUUUAAAUGCCACAACAAGAAUGACACGAAAAAUGAUGGAAACGAGAAGAAGAAUAAUACGAAAAAUGAUGGAGACAAGAGGAACAGAGACUUGGAAGAACAGAAACCUCUGGAUACUGAAUCAGCCACAGAUCCCCCAACUACAAACUUCCCCGUAAACUACACCACUUGCAUCGAUUUUUUUCAUAUUGCUUUCUCGGCCAUCAUGAUCAUUCUUGGGUUCGGAUCCAUUGAAAUCAAAAAGAUACGGAAGAAAAAGGAGAAACACACCUGGUCGGUUCAAGUGAUGGAGAAACUUCUUGAAUUGGCUGAGCCCGACAAAUAUGCAGAAGAUGGAAAAAGUCCCAUGGAUUCCAAAUUUCAAAACGACGAAGCAAAUGGAGUUACGCUUCCUUACAACUUUGUAGAUAAUGAGGUCCAAUUCAGUCAUUUCAUUGAGGAACCAAAAGAAUUAGAGAAGCCCCAAGACGUGGAAGCAACCGAGACGGCGAUGUUAUUAGCAGCAAAGAAUGGAGUGAUUGAGAUUGUGAAGGGAAUUUUGGAACGUUUUCCGCUGGCAAUCCGUGAUACUAGGAAAGAUAAGAAGAAUGUGGUGCUGUUGGCCGCGGAGCACAGGCAGCCGGACGUCUACAGGUUUUUACUCAAGAAAAGAAGUGAAAUACAAAACCUGUUUCGAGCGGUGGAUCAUAAGGGCAACAGCGCCUUACAUCUCGCAGCAACCUCCAUAGAUCCAAAGCUUUGGCGCAUCACAGGAGCUGCAUUGCAGAUGCAGUGGGAAGUUAAGUGGUAUAACUACGUGAAGAGUUCUGUGCCACUCCGUGUGUUUCCCCACUGGAACAAGGAAGGAAAAACUGCAAGUGCAAUCUUCCAGGAAACCCACAAGGAACUUGCGACAAAGGGUGGAGAGUGGCUUUACAAUACCUCGGAGUCAUUCACUUUGGUGGCGACUCUGAUUGCAACAGUAGCUUUUGCAACCGCAGUGACCAUCCCAGGCGGCAACGACGAGAAUGGUGGUGCAAUACAUGGACAGGAGCUAGGGUUUUCAAUCUUCUCCUACUCUUCCCUAAUUGCUCUCUUUCUCUCCUCAACCUCAGUCAUCAUGUUUCUAGCCAUCAUGACCUCCAGGUUCGAUAUCAAAGACUUCGGGUUAGUGUUGCCGUGGAAAUUGCUGAUCGGCUUACUUUUCUAUCAUCGCCAUGUUGGUUUCCUUCUGUUCGGGGCACUACUUUCUGAUCAUCAACCGUCUUCACAACGAAGCCAUUCUGCUGUAUUCACUUACUUUCCUCCCUGUGGCAGUGAUCUUCGGUAUUGUGCAGCUUCCUCUCUGCUUCGAUUUGAUAGCAAGGAAAUGGAGAUAGAAAGGUUGAAGAAAUUUGUGUUCGAAAACGCCAUGAAAGGAAGAUGGGAAGAAGUGGUGGAGAAGUACUCAACGGAUGUAAGAGCUCGCGGUCUGAAAAUCACGAAGCGAGGGGACACGGCGCUGCACGUGGCAGUGAGCGACGGCCAAGUUGGCGUAGUGGAAAAACUGGUGACAAUAAUAAUCUCAGAGGACAAAGGCAACACCAAGAAAGUGCUUGAAAUGGGAAACGACAGAGGCAAUACGGCGCUUCACGUUGCGGCUACGCUUGGGAAUGUGAAGAUGUGUUACGACAUAGCGUCGGUUGAGGCUUCCUUGGUGGGGAUUCGAAACCAUGAGGGCGAGACACCACUCUUCUUGGCGGCUCUGCAUGGCAACAAAGAUGCUUUCCUUUGCCUCGACGCCUUCUGCACCUGCACCAUCGACCACUGUCGAAGAUCCAACGACGGCCACACCAUUCUUCAUUGCGCCAUUUUGGGUGAUUUCUUUGAGCUGGCAGUUCAUAUCAUAAAACUGUACAAGGAACUGGUGGAGUUCGUGAAUGUCCAAGGUUUUACUCCACUCCAUCUUCUUGCCACCAAGCCUUCCGCUUUCAAGAGUGGAACUCACUUAGGAAGAUGGAAGAUGAUCGUUUAUCACUGUAUCUUUGUGGACCAAAUAAAGGUGGAACCACACUCAUUUCGUCACGCUCUACCCAAGAGGCCCCUAUCACUGCACCAACGACCCUCGUAUCCAAACCAUCACAAGUGUUAUCCAGCCAACUACAACACAUGCGCCCACUUCUUCAGUUUUCUGUGGAAAGGAAUUGGAAUGGUGUUUACUGUGGGGACAACAAACAAAAAACCCAACAGCCACAAUGCCAAAAGCACCACAGAUGCAGAUGCAGAUGCAGAGAAUCCUCCCCAACAAAAAGGGCAUGAUUCAAUUGUCAAUCAUCAUGGGCUCGCAAUUCUCCCCCAAAAUUAUGCCACAUGUUUCAACUUUCUGAAAAUGGCUUCCAAGGCAGUGCUCAUAGUGAUGGGGCUAGGCUCUGCACAAAUAAAAAAGAUUCAGAAGAAGAAGGAGAAGCACACUUGGGCUGUCCAAGUUAUGAACCAACUUCUACAAUGUGCUUCAAUGUAUGAAUAUGAUGACAAUGGAGGUUCACCUACGGGAUCCAAAGAAGAAGAAGAAACACAGCCUUAUCACUUCGCCAACGGCAGUGUCACCUUCGAUGAUCACAACAUCUCUGGACAUCCAACCCAUCAUCUUCAACCUCCCACGGAUUCUCCCCAACAACCAAACAUGCCGUCCCACGAGGAGAUUAGUGACGCAGAAGAGAAAGAAGAAGGAACAAACAUUGUUAUAGAAUCGAAGGGUGGCUUGGUUGAUAAAAUCCACGAACAUAUUCCUCCAACUAUUGGAGACAAGAAGAACAACAAGAAAGUGGUUCCCACAGCUGCAGCAGCGGCAGGGAGAACAACAGAGACGCCUGUGUUGAUUGCAGCAAAGAAUGGCGUGGUGGAGAUGGUGGAGAAAAUCCUCCGUCUAUUUCCUGUGGCCAUCCAUGAUCUAAACGCGGAUCGGAAGAACAUUGUGUUGUUGGCUGUGGAGAAUAGGCAUCCUCAUGUCUACCAACUAUUGCUGGAGAAAAAUAUUGUGAAACAGAGUGCGUUUCGAGUUGUGGAUUCUCAAGGCAACAGUGCGUUGCACCUUGCAGCAAAGCUGGGAGAUUAUAAGCCUUGGCUCAUCCCCGGAGCUGCCUUGCAAAUGCAAUGGGAACUCAAAUGGUAUCAGUAUGUGAAGGGAUCGAUGCCCCCAAACUUUUUCCCCCACUAUAACAAGGACCGAAAGACUGCAAGACUCAUCUUAUCCGAGACCCAUAGUGAGCUGGUAGAAAACGGGGGGAAGUGGCUUACAAGCACCUCGGAGUCCUGCUCUUUGGUGGCUGCCCUGAUUGCAACCGUCGCUUUCGCCACCGCUGCCACCGUCCCGGGUGGGAACGAUCCAAAAGGCACGCCAUUGCUCCACGGGCAACCCACCUUCAACGUAUUUGCGAUCGCGUCUCUGAUUGCACUCUCUUGCUCGGUGACGGCAUUAGUGAUGUUUCUGUCCAUCUUGACGUCGAGGUUCCAAGAAAAGGACUUCGGUGGCAAUCUGCCGAGGAAGCUUCUGGUGGGUUUAUCGUCGCUUUUCGUGUCGAUUGCAGCAAUGCUGGUUUCGUUUUGUGCGGGGCAUUACUUUGUGCUGAGUGAAAAGCUUCAAUAUGCUGCAUUGCCAGUGUACGCUGUGACUUGCUUGCCAGUCACAUUGUUUGCAAUUGCACAGUUUCCUCUAUAUAUGGAUCUGGUGUGGGCUACGGUGAAGACUGUCCCUCAGAGGAGUUAUUCCGUCGUCACGUAGACCUACACUCACUUUUCUCGCCCAUCUUAAUAAUUGUUUCCAUGUGCUCACUCGAACAUUUCAUCAGCAUGCUUCCCCGCAAAAUUUCUUUUUUUUUUUCUUUUUAAUUAUUAAUAGUACGUUAUAGGUAUGUAUAAUGAUGGAAGGAAGAAAAAUAAAAAUAUUUGUGGCAUGCCAAUAAUUGAAAUAUAAAGAGUAAUUGAAAGGGUGAGGACCAGAUUGGC